AUGUCCUCAACAAGCGAGGGAAGCAAGGAAGCCACUAAGCAGUUCAACGGACCUGUGACGGCAGAUAUUCCUCAGGCCGAUGUGGACCAGCCUACUGAGCCCAAGAUUGCGGCACCCGAGGACGAUUAUAAUACAAUUGACGACGUCAAUCAAGUCGCCGAUCCUGGCAACGCCCAUUCCAUCAACCUCAGCUCCCCUCCGGACUCGAUGAGCACCGUCUCCGAUAUGGGAGAGGGCCCCGAGAACGAGAUUGUGGUUGGCUCCGCCAAGAACAAGUCGGACGUUGCUGCUGCUGCUGCUGCUGCUGCUGGUAACGCGCCUGCUGUUGCCUCGGAGGACGGUGGCCCUGGUGGCGCAGAGGCUAUGGACAUUGACGACCGCAGAACCGAGGGAGACAAGGAGCCUGAGCAGCGUCCCAAACGCAAACGCGCCUCUCUCUAUAAUGAUCUGGCGGAAGAGAAGACGGACAAGGCUAUACUCGAUGACACGGCCGACGACCUUGGUGCUUCCGUCUCUAGCACCUUGCAGUCCAAGAACGCAACCCCUAACCAGCUUUCUUCGAGUGCAAAGUCAGUCAUACUCGGUUACUGGCGCAAUUCGGAGGCUCCAGAACCAGACAAGCAUGUUGUCGAAGGUUUCAUCGACUCUUGUAGUCGAUUGCGUACUCGGAUUCGACCCUACAACCGCGACGGUAAGAUCAUCACCGACAGCUACCCACUGAAGUCUGGUUCCCGUGGUAGCUGGGUCACGUUUCACAACGUCGUCUUUGACGACUACCUGGUCAACCUCGAUCAGCAGCAGGUCAAGGAAUACGUCAAGAUCCGUACCAAGCUGAUGGCCAGAGAUACGGCGGACGGAUCCAAGAAUGAUAAUACGCUUGCCGUCAAGCAGGCCAUUAGAACCUGUCAGGCCCGUGGCCCGCCACCCAAGGGUGCCCCGCCGCCCUUGAUCGCAUACGGAGCCACCAUACCUGACGCUGCCCGUAUCUCGUACUCCCAGGCCGAGAAGCGCCGUCGCACUGCCAGUGCCAAUGCCGCAGCCUCGGCCUCCACUCCGGAAGUUCUUGCUCGCCGCAAUAGCCCUGCCAUCACGCCCGUCCCCAGCUCACGCCAGUCGUCCCAGAUGCCCGUCUUCUGCACCUCACAACGACCACUAGCCCCCGCCGAUCCUCACCACGAGCGUGGCCCUCGUCUCGAGCGCGCCCAGAACCUCGCCUUAAAUGCCGUCUCUCGCAUCGAGGCCAACCAGGCCAAGGUCGAGCAGCGUGACGCUUACGCGGCCUCUCACAAUGGCCACGCCGGCGGUGACUCGUUCCGCGAGAACAUCGACCGUCUGAACAACGACUGGUCUGCGCAGGAGACCCACCGCAUCCGCACCGGCAAUGAGAACGCCAAGAUUCAUAUGGGUGUCAAGUAUGAGCGUAAGACGAAUGGCCCGUUCGCCGGAAAGCUUGUCAGUCAGGGCGCUAUCAUCAGUAUCGAUGGCGAGGACUAUGUCGAGUAUCGCGUCCUCACCAAGCCUACGUUCAUCUGA